CCCGCUCCGCCGCUAUCUCCAGCGCCCGUCCGGAGGUUUUCACCUGGGACACGGUAAAAAUGGAAGUUUGGGUGCGGAAUCCAGAGGCUCAGCCCCGCCUCCCAGAGCUGCGGGCGGGGGCGGCAGGGCGCUUAUCCCGGGCCGGGACCCAGUCGGCGUGGCGCACCGUACUGCUGCGGGCAGGACAUGAUAGAUAGAAGAGAAUCCUGCACCAGGACAGAUACCUAUGACCUACCUAAGCUACUUUGCUUAUGUGUUGGAAGAAUGGAUUGCAGUGGAGUACUUGAAGAAAUAUUUUUUCCACAUAGUCAUCAUAUCAGUGACAAUUAGUGCAAUAUUAGUUUUUUUUAUAGUUCCUUUAACAAUCCUCUUUUUCAUUUACCUUACUAACGUGUUGCUUAUAAUAUAUCAGAGGAAUGGCGAGGUAAAAGCAGAUCCCUUGAGUGAUGUUUGGGACAGUGCAAGGAAAACUGUGGCAAGCUUCUGGGAUAUAUAUGCAAGAAUAUGGCAUGGUUAUGAACUUCACGGUGUAGAAAACCUACCAGAAGGACCAGGCAUUGUUGUUUAUUACCAUGGAGCUAUUCCGAUAGACUACCUCUACUUUUUAUCUAGGCUAUUUCUCUGGAAGAAGAGACUUUGUCUGUCUGUAGCUGAUCAUUUUGUCUUUCGUUUACCAGGGCUCAAAUUAUUACUGGAAGUGACUGGUGUUAUGCCAGGUACAAGGGAGGAGUGUCUCAGUGCACUGAAGAAUGGACACUUGGUGUCUAUUUCACCAGGUGGAGUUAGAGAAGCCCUAUUCAGUGAUGAAAGUUACCAACUCAUGUGGGGAAAUCGAAAAGGCUUUGCUCAGGUUGCUCUAGAUGCGAAAGUGCCUAUCAUUCCAAUGUAUACUCAAAAUGUCCGGGAGGGAUACAGGAUGUUUAAAGAACGAAGAUUUUUCAGACAACUGUAUGAAAGUACUCGAUUGCCAUUCACUCCUCCAUAUGGAGGACUUCCAGUUAAAUUUCGCACAUACAUAGGGGAGCCAAUACCUUAUGAUCCGAAUAUAACUACAGAUGAACUGGUUGAAAAGACAAAGACUGCAGUCCAGGCUCUAAUAAAGAAGCACCAAACAAUCCCAGGCAGCAUAUGGAAGGCUUUAUUGGACAGAUUUGAUAAGCAUUGUAAAACUGAUUAGAAUACUGAAGUUUAUUUUACUGUUUUUACAGCAUGCAGUAAAAGACAGUGUCCUACAGCAGCGAUGACUAAUUGAUGUUUAACCAGUUUAAUUUACAAGCUUCUAUAAUCAACAGAAGAAAACAAAGAACCUCUUGAAGAUUCCCCCGUUUAAGCUCUCUUGCUCUUUGAGAAUAUUCUUGAAGUCAGGAAGAGUGGGCCUUUCAAUUAGAAAACUUACAUAUAAUGGGCAAUGCAAGUACAAAAUUUCCCAAAUGGAGAUCAUGUGGCCAGUUUGUGACAGGUUCCUAAAACAAAUAUUUACAUGCAUCCAAUGGGCUCAAAAGGUUUGCCUGGCUCUGUGGGUUUUAAGAGUUUUGUUUUUAAGCCAGGUAUUAGACUUAUACAACACAGCAGCUUAAUGGCUCAGUGUCCUUAAAGGUAAGAAUCCCGCAUCCAACAUUUUGCUCUGAUGGAGAGAAGUCUUCUAUCCCCUUGGUACAGUGAAGGGAGAGAUCCCCUCCCUUUUUAUAAGAUGAAAAAAUCUGGCUUACUCUGGAGAAGAAAUUAACAGUGACAGAAAUUCCUGAUUCAGAUUCAGUUUGAUGAAAAAAUUAAAGUUUUAUACUCUCAAAUCGGGAAAAAAGAGCUUCAAUUAAGUGUAGUGCUAUGCAAAUACACGUAGUAGUACUUUCAAGUCUGUGUUGGUACAUUCAUGCACUAUUGCACCAUGCAGUCCAGAUACAGUGCUGCUUGGAAAGUGGAUGUGCCAGCAGUGUCAUUUUCCUAAUAGAGCUUUCAGAAUACUGAAUCUUGUUGUAAAACAGAAUGUGUUUUUACAAGCUAGGGGAUGUUACUAUUGUUGGGAGUGGGAGAGCUUUGUGUAAUUCAUUAAAAUUAAUUCAUUAAAAGCAACAAAGUCUGUUAACUUUGGACAUGAAGGAAGGUCAUUUUUUGUGCCUCAGUAUUUUUUCUUGUGCUUUUAAUACCUACAUAAUCUUUUCCCUCAACAUCCUACAAUUUUAUGUAGCAUCUAAGAAAAUGCCUACUGUCACUAGAAAUCUAAAUGUACUCUUUGGAUUAAAAUAAACUUCUCCUCUUCCUGUA